GAGACCAAGAUGGAUGGUGAGGUGCUCAAGUUUCAUCGUGUCUUUGUGCUGCGUUUGAGCUGCCAGGAUGCUGGGGGGUCUGGGAUGAGUCGUUGUGUGUGGAUCAGCGCUGGUUGGACAGACGUUCAGCACUUGGAGCGCACGGAAGGUUGGUUCCCCACGUCACUCCAGUCAGCGCGCUCCACUGGAUGUGCACGCAUUUCCUAUAUUACACACACAGCGCCCACCAAAUCUACCUUAUGGGUGAACUGCUUUCCCACUCGUCCUCUGCACGCCAAGUUUCUUGUGCAUAGCUACCACAGAUCCUACGACAAGGCCUUAUUUUUCCACCCUCAAAAUCACUCGUUGCGCGUCCGGCAACCUGGAAGUAUUUGGAAAAGUGCAAUACCCCUGGCGAUCUCUGGAUUGUUCAGCCUGGGAUGUGUUCUGUGUCUAACCAGGGAAGACAGCGAUUGCGAAGGAUUGUAUCAAUACUCUUCCAUUGUGGAUAGACCUGAAGAAAGGACUGUGCCGUGUGAUGGUCGUUUUGCGUUGCUUACAAUUAAGUCUCAAUGCUUGGGUUUUCCUGCCUCUCUCGCAAGAAUCGUGCGGCGGAAUAUGGCGGAGACUGAAGAAGGCUUCGGGCUGCCAGCUUCAACACGCAGCGACCCCGAGCCGAAGGAACACUCUUCAGAAAAUAAGCAGGACAGCUUGCUCGGUGCGGCCAACAAACCACAUUCCCCACAGCAGGCUACAUACAGUCAACAGGGUAUGGAGGGGAUUAAAGUUUAUUUACAUGAACGGGAGUUAUGGUUAAAAUUUCACGAAGUCGGGACAGAGAUGAUCAUUACGAAAGCGGGAAGGCGCAUGUUUCCCAGUUACAAAGUGAAGGUGACCGGGUUAAAUCCGAAGACAAAAUACAUCCUUCUAAUGGACAUCGUACCGGCAGAUGACCACCGUUAUAAGUUCGCCGACAACAAAUGGUCUGUGACGGGGAAGGCGGAACCUGCGAUGCCGGGGAGGUUGUACGUUCACCCAGAUUCACCUGCCACUGGGGCGCAUUGGAUGAGGCAGUUGGUAUCCUUCCAAAAACUCAAACUUACCAAUAACCACCUCGACCCCUUCGGACAUAUUAUUCUAAAUUCGAUGCACAAAUACCAGCCCAGGUUGCAUAUUGUAAAAGCCGACGAAAAUAACGGAUUUGGGUCGAAAAACACGGCUUUCUGCACCCAUGUUUUCGCUGAAACUGCCUUUAUCGCGGUCACAUCGUAUCAAAACCACAAGAUUACCCAACUCAAAAUAGAAAAUAACCCUUUUGCAAAGGGAUUUCGCGGGAGCGAUGAUAUGGAGUUGCACAGAAUGUCACGAAUGCAAAGUAAAGAAUACCCGGUGGUUCCCCGGAGCACGGUUAGACAACGUGUGGGGUCCGCUGCGAGUCAGUUCAGCGGGGAGGUGCGAGUGUUGCCCGUGUCUAACAGCCUGAAUUCUCAGUAUCAAUGCGAGAACGGCGUAUCCAGUUCAUCGCAGGAGCUGCUCCCUCCUAAUCCGUACUCACUGUCCCAGGAACAGAGUCCGCUUUAUCAUUGCAACAAAAGGAAAGUAGAAGAAGAUUGCACCUCAACUGAGCAUCCAUUCAAGAAGUCAUUUAUGGAAAGCCCACCUCAAGAUGAUGACCCUUUCUACAGGUCGCCAAGUUACUCCCAACAGCAAAAUCUUGCUCCGUCUUACAGGACUGACUCAGCACAACGGCAGGCGUGCAUGUAUGCUGGAUCUACAUCAGGAACGGACGCUGGCUCCAGCCUCGAUGACAUAAGUUGUAACACUUGGGCCACUGUUCCUUCAUACAGUAGCUGCACAGUGACCGCCAUGCAGCCCAUGGACCGAAUACCCUACCAACACUUCUCAGCGCAUUUCACAUCGAGCCCAUUAAUGCCUCGCAUCAGUGGUGUCACCAACCACACGUCUCCACAGAUAGGGGAUACCCACAUGUUUCAGCAUCAGACCUCAGUUUCUCACCAGCCCAUAGUCAGGCCGUGUGCUCCUCAAGCUGCGAUUCAGUCUGCAAGCAAUCUUCAACCUUCUGACUACUUGUAUCCACAUGGCAUGUCAAGAACCCUCUCACCACAUCAAUACCACUCAGUUCAUGGAGUUGGCAUGGUGCCAGAAUGGACUGAAAACAGCUAAUUCAAAGAUCCCUUAAUUGAUCUGACAUACCUGAAUGUUUGCAUUUGAUGAAACUGAACACAUUUUUCUAGCAAUACUUUUCUUUGGAAAAUCAAUCAUAAGUGGCUGUAAUUUUCAAAGGACAUUUUAUACAAUGACAUAUCAUUGAGACAUUCUUCCCCUCCCUUCUUCCUAUUCUAUUUAUUUGAAUGAUAUUUAAAUGUCAUUCACCAAAAACAAAAGUGAAGGGUUCCAUCUGGUGGAUGUUUCUCUGCAAUGUAUAGUUAAUGUUUCUGUGCAUUUCGUUUGUAAAAUUGGUCAAAAAGUUGUGUAAAUAUCAAACAAAUGGAAGAAUCAUUCGCGACAUUGUACAAAUCCUAGAAAGUUUCCCCUUGAACCAAUUGGUGUCAUGAUCUCAUAUGGUAUAGAUGAGGAAAUAUGGUGGGGUGUCGUGAGCAAUAUAAGACCCCGACAUGCUUACAUGAUGCUUAAAUGCUUAAUUAUGUUGCUCCAUGUAAUUACAAGGUUGUUUGCAUCAUUAUUUCAAAAUAUUUCAAAAGAGUUUGCAGUGGAAUGAAACAAGCAAGUCAGGUCAGGCAAAUACACCAUGUUAGGUAGCAAGUAAAACAUUGUAGCCCAGAAUUAGUUUUAAUAUUUCCAAAAUAAAUAUUAAUGGAGACAACCUAAACGGAUAUCGCUUGUGUGAAAGGAGAGGGAGGGAAAAGGAAUCACAUUGCUUGGCGUUGUAAAAGAAAUAGUUACUGAGUGUCUGAAAGCAUAAGCAAGGAAUAUCACAUGAUUUCCAUUCACUGAAAUACAUUUUUAUUAAAGGUUAAAAUCAGGGCCAUAACUAAAGACAAAACUUACUUCACAAAAAUGGAUUUUAUGAAUAUUGAGAAAUAUACCCAGCAUUUAUAUUGUUCCCUUACCCUCCACCUCAGAAAUCUCAUCUGUCCCAUUUGUAGGAUGAUGACCAAGAAUACAAGUCAAUUCCUGAGUUCAAUAAAAUGUUCAUUGGAGUUUCUAAAACUUGAAUGAUGGCAAGUAGACACUUUAUGUUUCAGAGUUCAGUCUAUACCUUCCUCAGAAGCAAUUUAGGAUGAAUUCCUUUGAUUCAUUGAAAAGAUUGGAAAAUGUAGGGGGAAAAUUAAUGCACUAUUUCCGGAUAUAUAACAAUGGGACAAUUCAACAUAUGUACAUGAAAAAAAUAGUGGAUGUAAAUAAUUCAGAGGACAUAGGUAUUCUUUGUUUCACUUAUAGUAAAUAUUUUAUACAGAUACCCAUUUACAGCUAUAUAUGUAUUAUAUUUUGAUCUUGUGGUACUCCAUAUCAACUUCUAAUUGUCCCCAGUUUUGAGCAAUACAGGUGUUUACAUCAUAAGGCAAAGAAUAAUGUUCUUAAAUUAUGUAUCAAGCAAUAAGUAGCUCUUUAUUCAACAUGAAAAAAAGUGCAGAACUUGCUUGUAAUAAUUAUUAGUAUCUUUCUGGUCAAUAGUAUUUAUUGUUGGACAAUCCUAACUAAAAGUGCUUGUUUUGGAGUAUUAAGAAUGAUAUAUUGUUAGAAAAAAAGUUGUUAAAGAAAUGUGCUUGAAAGUCCUUUGGUGUAUAAAAGAGAUGAAUCAAUAAUGUUUCUUUGUAAAUAAAACACAAUGUAUAUACUGAAAUGAAAUAACUUCAAAUACUA